AUUAGAUGCCCACCGCCGUUAACCCUCAUUGAAGAAGAAGACAAGACAAUAACGACAUGGAAACGUAUCAAGAGGACAGCUUGAACAUCAUUUUUGGUAAAAAACAAAUCGUUGCUGUCAGAGUUGUGUUGAGCGUCCCUGUGAACGUAAGUGCUGUACGGACCGCUGUCAUCGUGACGCACGGGACUGGAGGGGACGUCAACCUAAAGCAUUUGGUUUCUCUGGCUCGUGUGCUUGCGUCGAAUGGUCUGCUAUGUCUUCGCUUCACGUGUAAAGGUUUAAACCUGAUUUACAGAGUGAAGGCUUACAAUGCUGUUUUGGAACACUUGAAAUAUCUUAAGAAAUUCACAAUCAGACAAAUAUUCUUUGUUGGACGUUCUCUUGGGGCUCGAGCUGCCUCUGCUCUGGCCAGGCAGCUCAGUGUUCGACCAGAGGAUGCAGUAGCAGGCCUCGUCUGUCUGUCCUUCCCCCUACACCCUCCAGGACAGACCCACGGCCAUCGCCAGCGGAGCGAGGACCUCCGGGGGUUGCCUACGGAGGUGCCUGUGUUGUUUCUGUCUGGCACUGCAGACAACAUGUGUGAGAAGAUCCUUCUGGAGGAUGUCGUUAAAGAGAUGAGGUGUCCAACGACUGUUGGCUGGGUUGAAGGAGGCAACCAUGGGCUCAUAGUGAAGGGAAGGACAGAGGAGUCUGUCCAGGAUGAAGUCAUCGCACAUGUCUUAUCAUGGAUUUUGGAACGAAUUGCAUGACUCUUGAUCCUAAAGUUGUUGUUGCUCCACACAUUCCAUAGUGUGUUAUCAGUGUAAUGUUAUGAAUAUGUUGUGUUUAUAAUGUAGAAGAAAUAUAUACUUUUAUAUAUAUAUAUAUAUAUAUAUUUUAUAAAUUAAUUUUUUGGGCUAAAGGUAUUGACAGAUGUGCAGUGAAGAAUACACUGUGCGGGGUGCUUCUCUGAAACUGAAUGGUGCCUUUUAGUGGAGUGUGUUCAGGGAAGACAAACCUCCCCAAAUAUCAGUGUACAAAAUUACAAAAUUAAAUCGAGUUGUAUUUUUGUCACGUUGCGCCGAAUUACAACUGUGAAAGUGUCAAAUCCCAAUUGAGAACAGAAUUUUUUUUUCAAUUGUUGCACCUCGUUGUGUUGUUGUCCUCUGGUGGCUAGCUAGCCAGCUAGCUAAAUUUGUCCCUUUCCUAAAUUAUUUUUAUUUUUUUAACCUUUAUUUUACUAGGCAAGUCAGUUAAGAACAAAUUCUUAUUUUCAAUGACGGCCUAGGAACAGUGGGUUAACUACCUUGUUCAGGGGCAGAACGACCUUUCGGUUACUAGUCCAACGCUCUAACCACUAGGCUACGCUGCCGCCCCAUGGAUGGAGAUAAGGAUUUGGACUUGUGGUUUUACUUAAUUCUCCGUACCGGCCAAUGAUUAUAAAGGCGAUUCUGAUCCAACCAUUAAUUCAUACAUUGUUUACCUGGCCUGAGAGAAUAGAAGUUCAAUAUGUAGCUAGAUGUAGAAGGCUAAUGUUAACUAGCUAACGUUGGAAGUUAGGCUAGCGAGCAAGCAUUUUAGCCAGGUAGCCGAGGACAACAAAAACUGAAAGUGUGUACUGUAGGGUGAUAGAUCGUUUCAGCAACAUGAGAGGAGGAUGGCAUUGAUGUUUCUCUACAUGUAUAGUGAGAGAGAGAUAGAGGAGGCAGCUCCUGUUUUCUUUGCGACUUGUGAUAACGCUCUGUGGUUCUAUAUCAAUAGUUGUUUAGAGGUCCGAAAAUGUCUGAAACAGCUUGAUUGACCAUUGCUGUUAUGUCACGUUACUUACUGUACAUGCAAUAUGCUUUGUGGACGUCACUGGACAAGAGGUUGCCAUUUUGUAAUAAAACUAAAAUGAGGUUGAAUUUA